AUGUUCAAGUCCUGGGAUAAACGUGUACUGGACCGCUGGAUGGAACAUGCCCUACGAGAAUUACCCACGAAACUGUACCCGGAAGUAACGGCAUCUUCUACACCGCCGGCACUAGGCGCGGAUGUGUCUGGUAGCGUCGUGUCUCCUAACAGCGAGGCUGAAGUACCCAUCACGCUCAAGACAACAAAACACCAAGAGGUCAUGACCUUUAUGCGAGGUAAUUUCGUAACGCCAUCGAAUCCUGCUCCGAGCGCGGCACCCAACCCAUUGACGCAUCCGGAUGUGACCACGGACGGGUCAUCAGUGUCACCUUUCUACCGACCCGAGAGCUUCCAUAUUUUUAAGCUCCUGCCAUACCUUCGUCCUUCGGUCUUGUACGUGUUUGGCACCGAGUCUGAUCUAUCGGCACCAGAACAUAUAGCAGACAAGCUGAAAGUUACGGGAGUAGGGGUGGGUGGCAGUGGAGGUGUAUCAAAGGAGAGAGUCAAAGAGUUUACGAUGCAAGGAGGUGGGCAUCUGAUGCCGAUGGAGAGGGUGGAAGAGACGGCGGAUCAGUGUAGCGGGUGGCUCCUGCAGGAGCUGAAGCGAUGGAAAGACGAAUACAUACAGAUUGAGGCUCUUCGAGCAGCGAUACCCAGAGAGAAGAAAGGACAGAUGUCUGAAGGGUUUGUCCAAGCUCUGAGCCAGCCUCAAGCAAAGUCGAAGCUGUAG